GCCUCCAAACCGCGCGUGCAGGUGACGGUUACUUAAUGUUCAACAAGUUACCAAAAAUGUCUCAGUAGAGCCCGGCACGCAGCAGAGCUGAGGGACAGAGAGAAGUCAGCUCAUAAAGGCUUAAGAACAAACAAAGCGGGGGUCCUGAGCAGAUUUGCAUGGCACCCUCGCCCCGGACCCGCAGACGUCACUGCUCGAUGAUCCCUGUUUUCUCCCCACCUCUCGGAGGAGGACUAUGAGUUUCUUAUCCAGCCCCGGGACGGGACGGUCUCCUCUGCCGCUCCUCUCCUCCGUCCGUCCGUCGGCUUUAAGGCUCCACUUUUUCCUCCUGCAUGGUAGACAUCCUCCUCAACACCUCCUUCUUGGAUGAUAUGGGGGAUCAUUCAAAGAAGAAGUCAGGAAUCGCAAUGUGUGUGGGCUGUGGAAGUCAAAUACACGACCAGUACAUCCUGAGAGUGUCCCCGGACCUGGAGUGGCAUGCGGCUUGUCUCAAGUGUGCAGAGUGCAACCAGUAUCUGGAUGAGACCUGCACUUGUUUUGUCCGGGACGGAAAAACCUACUGUAAAAGAGAUUAUGCAAGGUUGUUUGGUAUCAAAUGUGCAAAGUGUAACACGGGCUUCUGCAGCAGUGACCUGGUGAUGAGAGCUCGGGAAAAAGUAUAUCACAUGGAGUGCUUUCGGUGCUCGGUGUGCAGCCGGCACCUCCUGCCUGGAGACGAAUUCUCCCUGCGAGAGGACGAGCUGCUGUGCCGCGCAAACCACGACCUGCUGGAGCGGGCCUCUGCAGGAAGCCCGCUGAGUCCGGACAACCUUCACAAAAGAACACUGCACAUAUCGGACCCAAUUUCGGUCCGGCAUCCCUCCCACCACCGAAACCACGUGCACAAGCAGUCUGAGAAGACGACCCGUGUCCGGACUGUGCUCAACGAGAAGCAGCUUCACACCCUGCGCACCUGCUACAACGCCAACCCCAGACCGGACGCCCUGAUGAAGGAGCAGCUGGUGGAGAUGACCGGCCUCAGCCCCCGGGUGAUCCGCGUCUGGUUUCAGAACAAACGCUGCAAAGACAAGAAGAAGUCCAUCCUCAUGAAGCAAAUUCAGCAGCAGCAGCACAACGACAAAACCAAUCUGCAGGGCCUGACAGGCACCCCUUUGGUGGCAGGCAGUCCUAUCCGACACGACACGACCGUCCAGGGGAAUCCAGUGGAGGUGCAAACCUACCAAACCCCGUGGAAGACACUUAGUGAUCUAGCCCUAGAGACUGACUUGGAUCAGCCUGCUUUCCAACAUCUGGUGUCUUUCUCUGAAUCGGGCUCUUUGGGGAACUCCUCGGGCAGUGAUGUGACCUCUCUGUCAUCGCAGUUACCGGACACACCGAACAGUAUGGUGCCGAGUCCCGUCGACACGUGAGGCAGCCGCAGGGUCAACAUGGCGGCUCUCACUGGAUGUGCAAAAGGCGCAUCUGACAUUCAUUCACUCCAAACACGAUGGAUUUAUGCUGCAGGACGCGUUAAAGUCUGGAGAUCUAAUCGCUCCUUGUGCGUAAAAAGGCAUCGUACUCCCCUUUUUGGAUACAGCAAAUGGACACGACGGGGCUCCUGCAGAGAACCCCGGGCCAGAGACGGAUAUACUGGGAAUAUUUGCUGGGAUUUAAGGCCCGUUCGCCUGUGCUGGACCUUACAGUAUGUUUGCCCCAAACUUGUACAUUUGCAUGAUCUGUAACGUUCCCUAUCGACUCCUGUAAAUUAUUUUGAACAAAUCAAUUCACAAAGUUUGCAUUUUACGCAGGAAAUAAAUUAUUACUAUUUAUUAUGAGAGCAGACAUAGCUGAUCGUAUCAAUAAAACUGUUGAAUAACG